CAAUAUAUUUCACAACGUGAGAGAGGAAGACAAGAAACAUUGAAUCAGAGCAAAUAAUUGAAGACCCAAAACAGGAAUCAAAAGGUAGAAACAGGACACAAAUGGCAGCCAAUAAGCUUUUUGCAGUGUUUGUUAUGUGCAUUGUUGUGGUGGCAGCAAUGCAGCUGCGCCAGGCCGAGGCUACGGACGGCGAUUCCAAGUUCAAGGACUGCUUCACUAGCUGCGAGAAAGAGUGCAUGGACGAUGGCCAUGGCAACACCUUCUGUGAGAUGAAGUGUGAUUCUGAUUGUGGUGCUAAGGAGAUUGCUGACAAACUAAAUAUUAAUUUGAAUUGAUUCGAUCGAUCGAGAAGAAGCAAAGGAAUGCAGAUUUACUUGAGAGACACAGAGCUUAAAUUGGGAGAUGAAUAAUACAUCACAACAUUUGUGCAAGAGUUUCUUAUGACUGCUGCUUGUUAUUUCUAAUGUAUUAAUCUGAAAUUGUAA